AUGUCUAAUAUUGGACCACAAACCAAAGAGCUGUCACCCGCCCCAGUAACAAAAUCAACAGUACGAAUAGUUAUUGUAGCAUUAUUGCUAGAUCUCUUGGCCUUUACAAUUAUUCUGCCGUUAUUUCCCAGGCUAUUACAAGAUUAUCGAGAAAGAGAGCAGGGUGACGAGACAACUUUGUUAAGUUGGUUCCUCCAUCAAAUACAAAACUUUAAACAUUUAAUCGGUGGUGGGAGUAGCAAUCCGAAAUGGGAUCUAGUACUUCUCGGCGGUGCUUUAGGUUCUUUAUAUUCUUUUUUACAGUUUGUGGCAUCUCCAUUUAUCGGUAUUCUUUCUGAUAGAUAUGGAAGGCGGAAAACUUUGUUAGUGACUAUGUCAUUUGGGUGGUUUGUAUUGUCUCGAAUUGUUGCUGGAUUAAGCGAAGGCAAUGUUCAAUUGUCAAUUGCAAUAAUUUCAGAUAUUACUUCAAAAGAAUCAAGAUCUAAAGGAUUGGCAUUAGUAGGAAUAGCAUUUUCUAUCUCAUUCACAAUUGGCCCUGCUGUAGGCGCAUUUUUUUCUUCUAAGGAUUUGUCACAGACAUUCCCUCAAUUUGUUAAAUGGGGAUUAAAUCCUUAUUCUAUGCCUGCCUUAUCUCAAAGUUUACAGUCCAAUGAUAAUAAGCAUCACAACUCAAAUUCAUCAAUUUCUUAUCAUCAAACAAAUACUGUAUUACAACGUCUUACAAAUUUAAGAAAUUUAAAUUGGAUUCAUCUUUUAUUUCUUUUUUUCUUUUCCGGAAUGGAAUUUACUAUCACUUUUUUGACCUUCGACCUAUUUAAUUUCACUAAUAUGCAAAAUGGAACAUUGCUUGGAUAUAUUGGAAUAUUAUCGUCAAUCAUUCAAGGUGGAUAUGUUCGACGUAAGGCGCAUGUAGUUGGUGAAAAGCGACUCGUUGUUCAAGGUGUAUUAUCUUGUGCGAUCUCUUUAUCUAUAAUUUCUGCUUUAACAAGGACUUCAAAUGGAAUCCUGUGUCUUUAUGUCGGUGCCACUUUUCUAGCAUUCACAUCAGCAACGGUCGUAACCUGUUUAAAUUCAAUAGCAUCAAUGCAAUGUGAUGACGGACAAGCAUUAGGAAUGUAUCGUUCACUCGGACAAUUAGGUCGUGCAGCAGGUCCAAUAAUGGCGUGCGGAUUAUAUUGGAUGGCAGGAUCUGAAAAAUGUUACGGUGUUGGUGCUUUUUCAAUGUUAAUAAUACUUGGUGUUGUGAUCGCUAAAGUUCCAUACAUUUCUACAAAGAAACAAAAAUCAGAAUAA